AUGGCAUCCGAACAGCCUGCGGAACCACCUGCGGCAGCAGCCGCCGCCCCCGCAGCAUCGCCGCCGGCUGCACCCGCUGGACAGGAGGAAACCACAACUGCUACGGACACGACUGGAAUCCUCCCCGCUGAGCAUUGGGUGCAGGCGGCACGAGACGCUGCCGACGAUGGCGAUACCGACUCUGCUCUAGGUGAUGACGCCGCCAGCUCUACGGCGUCCAUCAGCUCGACUAUCCUGCAGUACCGAAAAAUCCACGGAAGGACCUUUCACGGCGAAGUCGGCGACGCCCAGUACUGGUAG